GCCUCGUCGUAUGUCCUCAUGGCAUCAUUCGGUGAGGAUGGCAUGAAAAGCGUGGUGUACGAUGCUUGCCGGCCGGUGGUGGCUGGCGACCGUGACCCUGCUGCUCGUCGUGCGCCUGACGCACAUGAGGGCCUCCGCCACAGAUCGCCUGGACCUCCACCUGGACCCCGGCAGGCACCACCACAGGCAUAGACACAAGCAGACAGACGCACCCGUCACUCAACAUUACAACGAUAAUGCGUUAGAUUUCCUUCCUCACUACGAUCCUUUUACCUUCAACGAAUUCUUAGAUAGGGAAAUAUUAAAUUUCGAGUCUUAUGUUAACGAUAAAAAGAAUGACUGGAGUCAAAUGCCCAGUGAUGUAGGAGAGUUGAAGGACAAGAAGCACCAGCAUUGGCCGAUCAAGCGCGAAGCUGUGAUAGAGGGGGAUCUGGUUCUGGGCGGACUGAUGAUGGUGCACGAGAGAUCCGACAACCUGACGUGCGGGCCGGUGAUGCCGCAGGGAGGCGUGCAAGCACUGGAAACCAUGCUGUACACGCUUGACAUUGUCAACAACAAGCUCAAGCUCAUCCCGGGUGUUACACUCGGCGCGCACGUCCUUGACGACUGUGAUAGAGAUACGUACGGAUUGGAAAUGGCUGUUGACUUUAUUAAGGGGUCAAUCAGCAACAUAGACGAUGCGGAGUACGCGUGCAACGCUACUGCGGUACGUAAGGUCAUCUCCGGCGUGGUGGGCGCCGCCUCCAGUGUAACCUCCGUGCAGGUCGCCAACCUGCUGCGCCUCUUCAAGAUACCACAGGUGUCAUUCUUCUCGACGUCCCCGGAACUGUCGAACAAGGCGAGAUUCGAGUACUUUACGCGCACCAUCCCCAGUGACCUGCACCAGGUCAAGGCGAUGGUGGAGAUCGUCAAGCAGCUCGGCUGGAGCUAUGUAUCCAUCAUCUACGAAGAGUCUAGCUACGGCAUCAAGGCGUUCGAGGAGCUCGAAGCACUGCUGGCGAGGAAUGGCAUCUGCAUAGCGGUGAAGGAGAAGCUGGCCAAGGACUCGGGCGUCGCCACAGAAACCGCCUACGACAACAUUGUGCAGAAAUUGCUCACCAAGCCCAGGGCUAGAGGAGCGAUAAUCUUCGGGUCUGACCAAGAGGUGGCGGGCGUGAUGCGCGCAGUGGAGCGCGUCAACGCGACCGGUGCCUUCAGCUGGAUAGGCUCGGACGGCUGGAGCGCGCGCGCCCUCGUUUCCGACGGCAACGAGCGCGCCGUCGAGGGCACCAUCAGCGUGCAGCCGCAGGCCAACGACGUCACCGGCUUCAAGGAGUACUUUCUCGGACUCAACGUUAAGAAUAAUAAGAGGAAUCCCUGGUUUAUAGAAUUCUGGGAGGCGCACUUCCAGUGCCGCUACCCGGGCGGGCCACGCACGCCUUACAACGGGCACUACGCGCGCAACUGCUCCGGCAGCGAGCGACUCACACACGACAACACAAAGUUCGAGCGACAGCUGCAGUUCGUCUCCGACGCCGUGCUCGCCUUUGCAUACGCUAUACGGGACAUGCACCUGGCUGUUUGUGGGGGCCGGCGGGGAUUGUGCGAUGCCAUGCGGCCCGCUAGCGGCGCAGAGCUGCUGUCCUACCUGCGGAAAGUCAACUUCACUGGUAUUAGCGGCGACGAAUUCCACUUCGACGCCAACGGCGACGGCCCCGCGCGCUACAACAUCCUGCACUUCAAGCAGGUGGCGCGCGGCACCUACCGCUGGGUCAAGGUUGGACACUACCUUGACGGAGUGCUGCAACUAAACAUCGAUGAGAUUCAGUUCAAGUGGGGCGAGCGGCGGCCACCGGAGUCUGUGUGCAGCGCGGAGUGCGAGCUGGGCCAGGCCAAGCAGUACGUCGAGGGCGAGAGUUGCUGCUGGCACUGCUUCAACUGCACACAGUACGAGAUCCGCUCUCCGUUGGUGGAGACGGCGUGCGUAGUGUGCGAGCGCGGCACGCUGCCGGACGCGGCGCGCACGCGCUGCCAGCCCAUACCCGAGCUAUAUCUGCGCCCCGACUCCGCCUGGGCCAUCGGCGCCAUGUCCUUCUCCUCCCUAGGGAUACUGCUCACCGCGUUCGUAUGCGGCGUGUGGGUGCGCCACGGCGCGACGCCGGUGGUGCGCGCCAGCGGCCGCGAGCUCUCCUACGUGCUGUUGGCCGGCAUCCUCAUGUGUUACCUCGUCACCUUCGCCCUCGUCUUCCGCCCCACCGACGUCCUGUGUUCUAUACAAAGAUUCGGCACGGGCUUCUGUUUCACGGUGGUGUACGCGGCGCUGCUGACUAAAACCAACAGGAUCUCACGCAUCUUCAACGCCAGCAAGCACUCUGCCAAGCGGCCCAUUCUCAUCUCGCCCAGCUCACAGCUCGCCAUCUGCGCCGGACUCGUCUCUAUACAAGUGUUAAUAGUGGUGGUGUGGAUGAUAGUGUCUCCGGCGCGCGCAAUGCACCACUACCCGACGCGCGAGGACAACAUGCUCGUAUGCGACUCCUACGUCGACGCUUCCUACAUGAUCGCCUUCUCCUACCCCAUCGUGCUCAUCGUCAUCUGCACCGUCUAUGCCGUCCUCACCAGGAAGAUCCCGGAGGCCUUCAAUGAGAGCAAACAUAUUGGGUUCACGAUGUACACGACGUGCGUGAUCUGGCUGGCGUUCGUGCCGCUGUACUUCGGCACAGCGAGCCACGUCCCGCUGCGCGUCACCAGCAUGGCCGUCACCAUCUCGCUCAGCGCCAGUGUCACACUCGCCUGUCUCUUCUCACCUAAGUUAUACAUCAUACUGAUUCGUCCGGAGAGGAAUGUGCGCCAGAGCAUUAUGCCAGUCCGGUACAGUAGAAAACCACCGCCUUCACAAAACUUUACUCACUCACAAUCCAAAAAACCUUCUUCCGAUAAAGAAACUCAAACGGAUCCUACUGACUUUAGUAUAGUAACAAACGGACAAACGGUGACAUUAAGACGUGUUAAUUUAGACAAAGAUGAAACAAAUAAACAGGUAAAAGAAAAUGCAGGAGAAAAAAAGAUGUUUAAGGAUAAAACUAACGGAACAAAAGAAAAAGAUAUCAAAGGAGAUAAGAAUAAUAACAUAAAGCGCACAACGUAG